AUGGGGGUGCUGUUUUUGAGGGGGAGGUAUAAACGGCGGGUGAAGGCUCUGGGGAAGGAUAGGGGCGGGAGUAGCAGUGGGGGGAGUAGUACUACUAUUGGGAAUGAUGUUGGGGUUGUUGAAGUGGAGAACAAGGAGAUGGUGAUUGCAGAGCUGGAUGGGACGCCGGUGGUGAAGAGGGCGGAGAUGGAUGUUGAGGGGGGUUAUAAGGAGCUGGAUGUGGAGUUUGGGUAUGGGGAGUUGGACGUGAUGGAGAAGAGAUUGUCAGAGAAAGAGGAGAGGUACGGCGUGGAUAGAGAAGAGAUUAAACAAAGCAGUAACAAAGAGAGAGAUGAAAGGGAAGAUGAGGAAAACGCCGAUGAUGCGGGCGGUAUGGUUGGGAAAGAAGAGCGGGUGGAUCAGAAUGGAGGACAAACAACGAAGAGCAAAAGAACAUCAGCUGACAUCGCACAAGUGGAAAAAAUAACAUAUCAGACUAGUCACGAGAGAUGA